AUGGCAAGCCUACUGGGUUUUGGCGACAGCCACGAGAAUGUGUUCGAAGCAAAGUUCGACCGAGAUCCGCUGCAAGCAAUCAAAGCUUUGAAGUCCGACUUCGAAUCCUUCUACCAGAGGAUGCAGCAGAGGAUCGAGUCCCUUUCAGCUGCUAUGGGUUCUGAGACGGAAGGUUCAACCCGUUCUACCCUGAAUAGCACCGUGAAGCGUGAGGCAGAGUGCAACGGUGAUUCAGCACCUUGCGAGCCAGCAGCGGUGACGGCGCAUUUGCAGGGCGUGAAGCUACGAGAGGCUCAGGAAACAGGGCUUGAAAAAAGAUAUGUCGUUUCUUGUGGUGUGCAAGGAUCCAAUGAUAUUCGCUUGCACGGCAGAUGGAUGGAACUCUCCACCCACAAGGUGGAGACAGAUUCCGUGUGGAAGACCGGCACCAGGAAGACCAAACGGAUCUCAAGGCGGCAACAGAGCCAGCUGCUAGCGCCGAAAACGCUGCUGGCAAAGUUUUUCCCAGUGAUCCAACCGGCGGGGCGCUUUAGGUUGACUUGGGAUGCUUUCGGUCUCUUUCUGAUCCUUCUAGAUGCCUUCGUUCUACCCGUGACCAUAGCUUGGGACAUGAGGGGGGGAUUCGACUCUGUAGGUGGAGUAGUUCUAAGCUUGUCUUUUUGGGUCAGUGUAUUCUUCUGGACUACUGACUGCUUCUUGAACUUCACAACUGGAUUCUACAAAUCUGGAAAGCUGAUCAGUGAUCGAGGGAGGAUUGUCGCACACUACAUCAAGACAUGGCUCUUGUUUGACAUCUGCCUGCUAUCCAUAGAUUUUCUGAAUGCCUUCACAGAAAUGGGAGAACUUGCAGCCUUGAGAUAUGCACGCAUGGUUCGGGCUUUUCGGUUGCUGCGCCUUCUGAAAAUGUCAAAGCUACAGGACAUCAUGCAGGAAGUUGCUGCUUCAACUGGGCGACAGUGGAUCAUGCUUGUCAUUGCUAUCGUGAAUACCGCUUUCGUGAUUCUGGUUGUAGCACACAUAUUGACAUGUAUGUGGUUCUGGCUGGGUCGUGCUGCGGAAGAUGACGGGAUCUAUAGCUGGAUUCAAAGAUCUGGCGGCGAGGACUACCGCACAAAGCUUUCAGUCUACGUGCAGUACCUUCACUCCCUCCGCUAUGUCAUGAAUGCGCCUUCUCCUCCAGAUAUUGCCCCAGAAAGUGAGUUGGAAAGACUAUUUGAUAUCUUUUCGUACAUCUUCACCCUGGUGGUGAUAGGCUCAGCAGUUUCAGCCAUCGCUGGAACUUUGCAGGAGCUCAAGGCUAUGAACGAAGCCAGUGCUCGACAACGUCGAGAAAUCCGGAUAUACCUCACAAGCCAACAUGCAUCAUUUGAGUUGGUUUCCAGAAUCAUGAAGUUUGUGGACUACAAGUUGCAAAAGAUGUCUUUUGUCACCUUUGACCCUACGUUGAUCUCAGCAACCCUGCAGACUGAGCUGUUUGUUGGACAGCGCAGUCGCUACUUGGAGCGUUUGCCCAUUUUCCAGCUGACCUCUGAUUUGUUCGCAGAUGUCUUUGCGAGCAUUUGCGCGGCAUUAAGCAAAAACGUCUAUGAGCAGAAAGAGUACAUCUUUGCGUCUGGUGCAUGGUCAACUGCACUCUAUGUGACAGCAGCGGGUGGGUUCCAGUAUGCUGACGAUGUGGAUGGGAGCAUCGAAAUGGAAGGAGAGUACUGGUUCGGAGAGCUGAGCUUGUAUUCAGAGCAAACCAUUCACCGAUCAACUUUGAGUGCCCGAACCUUUGCAGAAGUCUUUGCAUUGUCGGGCAAGGACUUGGCAGACUGUGUCAGGGACUCACCUGGAUGCACCUCCAUGUUCUGCGAGUAUGCCAAGGACUUUGUGAGUUCGAUGCAGCGAGCUCGCUCCGGCGCCGUGGAGGACGCAGUUGAGAUCGCCAGCAAAUGUUGUAAGCAGAACCAGUUCUACCAGGUGCUCUACCCUGACCCCAGCAAGCUCUUCUGGAACGUUGCAGUGGCAAAGAAGGUGCAGGGCUCCCAGAUCAAGCGCGACAAGAAUAGGCGGAAUCAGACCAUCAGCAUGGGUGUUUCGAAGCUCGAGCAGGCAGAUGCGGAAAGACAAGUUUCUGAUGACAACCAUUCAGUUAGAUCAGAUGACACAGACGCGGAAGAUCCUGGUUUAGCAGAAAUGCUUUCGCAGGUGGCAAGCGGAGGAUUGCCAGAGACAUUGGCAAAGGAUUUGGAGACUUUCGUGCCAGAGCUUCAUAGUGAAUUUGGAUCUCACAUGGUGUUUGAGCAAGCUGCCGAACGUGACCGGGCAGUGUCCUCUUGCAUCAGUAUUCUUGCCUUGGUUCAUGACAGAUAUGAUGUUUUUACAGGGCCACAGGCAGCUCCUGUGAAACUCCGCCCUGAGCAAUGGCAAGAGCUUCGAAGAAUUGUAUCAAUGAUAUCACCCAACCUGGAACAGAUGCAAGCUGUUGUGGUCUUGCUCUCAAUCAGAGGCCUGGGAAAGUCCAAGACAGUCUUGAGUCAGGUUCCAAGCGACAUGAAACGCCCAGAGAGAGCAGUGAUGCACCGAAUGUCCGUGGAGAAGCAGGUGGUGCCCUCAGUGGUUUGGCUCAGUGAAACUCAGCGGAAUUACAUGAACGAUGCACUUCUGGUGCACGAGACCUUCAAUCUCGCACAGAUGUUGCAGGGGGAGAAUGUUCCGGCAAACAUCACCGAGCUGUACAACCUUGUGCACGAACAGGGGCAGAAUGGCUUCCAUUUCUACAUGCUGUUUCUGUUGGGCUUCAUGAGUGGCAUUGCUGCAGGCAAUGGCUCCCGCUUCAUGAAUGCUAAAAAUGCGGAGGCCGCCAUCUCUGGAUUUCUGAUGCUACAGAGCUUGCUGAAGAGUCCUCCAAGGGAUAUCUACUGGGGCUACAUGACCACACGCGCCCAGGCGCUGAAGAUUCCGCAUGAGACGGCCGAAGACCUGGUCCUGGUUCGCUUGGCGUGCUUGAGUCGUUUGCAGGAUGCCUCUGGCUACAAGGCUUUGCGUGGAUCUUGGGAUGUCUUAGGAAGUUUCCAGAAGGAUGUCUUGAUACACCACUUCCUGGCAGAUGGGAUAGAAACACGAGCCUUUGUGCUGGAGUUCUUGCCCACGUGUGUUGCAAAUGCAAAAGCCAAUGGACUCAUUGGUCUCACUCUUUUACUCGAGGUUCUCGUGGAGUUGCUGACCAAUUUGAAGCAGGCAGUCCAAGCUUCCAAGGAAACUUCCUCAGUGAUGACACUUCCAGUAGAUUUGAUGGACAUGAGCGAGUUCAUAGCAGCAGUUCAGAAUCGCUUUGUGUUUCAAAGUUGUGUCUCCAGGUGCUCCUUCAAGUUUUCGGGUACGCGAGUUCUUGUUGAAAUGACCGGAAAGAAUUGGGGCAGAACGAAUGACCCAGAUAGUGAUCUCACUAGUCUUGCCUAUGAAGUGAAAGGAAUUCUUGCAACCAACAACACUGUUCAACGCGCGGCUUAA